AGGGCUGGGAGUGGCGGGGAGGAGCCGGAGGGGGUCUCUACCCGGACCAGGAUCUUUCCGCGGAGACUGCCGCUGCGCUGCCACUCCUCACUCCAGGUCGCUUCUGACUGAAGCCGCAGCCGGGCUGGGCUUGGCCCCGACGGCGCGGCCAGGGAAGGAGAGCUCUCGAGGUGCCCGCCUGGGUUGCGCGCGUCAGGCCGGCGGCGGCUACGGCCUCCGUCCUCUCCGGGCCCGCGCGAGCACAUGGUGGCCGGGCCUGGCCCGGAGCUGAGCAGCCAAUGGGCGCCGCGCCCGACGUGAUGUCAGAGCAACGCUAGAAAAGGCGCGGAGCCUUGCGCUGGGCUGGGACUACAGCGACUCCUGCCCGGAUCGCGGCUCCUCCUCCUCCUCCUCCCGGUCGCCCGGCCUGGCCCUCCCCUCCGCCAGUUGCUCGCUCGCUCGCUCGCUCCCUCCCCCGUGCCUCGGUCCCCGGAGCAGCCACCUCCGCCACCGUUGCGCCUGCCCUGCAGAGAAGUGCUCCGGUCGGCCCCGCCGCGGAUCCGGCCCGUCCAGGAGCUUCGCGCCAGCCGCUGCCCGUAGGCCUCCUGCCGGCUGCCCGCUCGUCCCAAGCGCGGCGGGAGCUCUCGCCGUCCGGGCGUCCCGGGGCUGCGCCGGGGCGAGGAGGCAAGCAGGCAAGCAGCGAUGCUUUGAGCCAGCCAGCCAGCCAGCCAGCCAGCCAGCGACCCCGCCAUCCCGCCCUCCGCCCGCCGACUGGCCUGGCCUGAGCCGACCUCGCCAGAGGACUGAAAGCAACCGCGAAGGUAGGCAGGCAGGCAGAAAGGAGGAAGCGAAGGCGAGACGGCGCGGCCGCGUUGGAGGCAUGGCGUGGCCUCACCGCGAGUAACGGGAGCGGCCGGAGGACGAGCAGGAGAAGCGCGGGACCUCCCAAGCGGCGCCCGCCGGCCACCAGCCCAGCCCUGCCAUGCUCUUCCACAGCCUGGCCGGCUCAGAGAUGCACGGCGUCAUCGACGAGAUGGACCGGCGAGCCAAAGGCGACACGCCCGCCAUCAGCUCCGCCAUCGACCGCGGCGAGACUGAAACGCACGCCAUGCCCUCCAUCAGCAGCGAGAGGGCCGCCUUGUGCGCGGGCUGCGGGGGGAAGAUUUCGGACCGCUACUACCUCCUGGCGGUGGACAAGCAAUGGCACAUGCGCUGCCUCAAAUGCUGCGAGUGUAAACUCAACCUGGAGUCGGAGCUCACCUGCUUCAGUAAAGACGGCAGCAUCUACUGCAAGGAGGACUACUACAGGAGAUUCUCGGUCCAGCGCUGCGCCCGUUGUCACUUGGGCAUCUCUGCCUCCGAGAUGGUGAUGCGCGCCCGGGAAUCGGUUUACCACUUGAACUGUUUCACCUGCUCGACGUGCGCCAAAAUGUUGACCACGGGCGACCACUUCGGCAUGAAGGACAACCUGGUCUACUGCCGGCUGCACUUCGAGGCGCUGCUCCAGGGCGAGUACCAGCUGCACUUCAACCACGGCGAGGGCGCCGCCGGCAAAGGCCCAGCUCUGGGCGCCGCCGCCGCUCUCGGCCUGCCCUACUACAACGGCGUGGGCACCGUGCAGAAGGGACGGCCGAGGAAGAGGAAGAGCCCCGGGCCCGGCGCUGACUUGGCCGCCUACAACGCAGCUUUGAGCUGCAAUGAGAAUGACGGGGACCACCUGGACCGAGACCAGCAAUACCCCAGCAACCAGAAAACGAAGCGCAUGAGGACAUCGUUCAAACACCACCAAUUGCGGACAAUGAAGUCUUAUUUUGCUAUUAACCACAAUCCGGAUGCCAAGGACUUGAAACAGCUUGCUCAGAAAACAGGCUUGACCAAGAGGGUUCUCCAGGUCUGGUUCCAAAACGCGCGUGCUAAAUUCAGACGGAACCUCUUACGCCAAGAGAACACAGGGGUGGACAAGACGUCUGACUCGACCCUCCAGGCCGGAACGCCUUCGGGCCCUGCUUCCGAAAUCUCCAACACCUCCAUGAGCCCGUCCAGCACCCCCACUACCUUAACGGACUUGACAAACCCCAGUAUGCCAUCAGUCACCUCGGUCUUGACCUCGGUGCCCGGGGGCUUGGAGGUCCACGAAUCUCGGAGCCCUUCACAGACAACGCUCACAAAUCUUUUCUGAUGACUCUCUCCCUUCCUUCAUCCCUCCCUUCUUCUUUUUUUUUCCUUUGAAAAAGAAAUUACUCUUAGUUGAGUUCCAAGCGUAUUUUUACUAGAGACUUUCUCACAGCU